CCGCGAAAGGAGAACUGAGCUCGGUUUUUGAUCUUCUUGUUUCUCUGGGUUAGUUUGCACAGAGCACAAAGCUUCACUCUUUUAAACCGAUAAGGUGAACGUUAACGCUGAAGUCUAUGACGUACGCGAGAAAAUGGAUGCCAUGCCAGAUAAGGGAGAACUAAUCUGAGGUGUAGAGAGAGAGAGAGAGAGAGAGAGAUAGGAGGAAGGAAAAGCAAGCAGAGAGCACUGUUAGUGCUCCAGGCAUGGCUUCAUUAACUAACUUGCCGCCAUAUACCCACCCUCGCACAAACCCUACGUUUUUCCACUUUUCUCCGGCGAUUCUUUCUUUCCGUUUCUGUCGGAACUCAUACUUGCUUCAUCCUCGUCUCUGUGCCCUCAACUCAGGUUCUGACGCCGAUAAUUUGCUCAGGAAGCCCGUUGUUUCUUUGGGGAAGGACAUCGCUGAAAUUUUGGAAGAAGAUCAGGACAGAGGCGUAAAGAGGGUCUUUGAAGACGACAGCGAACAAGAGAGGUGGAUUGACUGGGAGGACCAGAUUUUGGAGGAUACUGUUCCUUUGGUCGGUUUUGUGAGGAUGAUUCUUCAUUCUGGAAAAUAUGAAAGUGGAGAUAGACUUAUUCCAGAGCAUGAGAAUACCAUUCUUGAGAAACUCCUUCCGUUUCACCCAGAUUUCGAGAAGAAGAGAGGAUGUGGAAUUGAUUAUAUAACGAUAGGAUAUCAUCCCGACUUUGAAAGAUCUAGAUGUUUGUUCAUAGUACGAAAAGAUGGGGAGAUGGUUGACUUUUCAUAUUGGAAAUGCAUCAAAGGUCUGAUCAGAAAGAAUUAUCCAUUAUAUGCGGACAGUUUCAUUCUCAGACAUUUCCGGCGGCGUAGGCGUAAUUUUUGAAGUUGCCAAUGUCUUGGUUCUUUUUGCUGAUUGGAUGCUAUUCGAAGGCGCUGCUGGAAGAUGGAAAUAUAGUGACAGAUUAUCAUUCAGGUCAGGGGAGGGAUUAGCCUUUAGUACUUUAUUAUUUGAAAGAUGGCCAUAAUGGUGGAAAGUGGAAAAUGACUACUCUAUUGUUGAUAAUUUCCAUUUUAAUAUAUAUUUUUUUUGCUA